AUGGCGCACAAUAGCAGCACCGCCGCCGUGGAUGGCGCUCCACACCGAGUUAACAGUCCGCGUUACUCCAGUUCCAUGACUCGCAGAGCCCACUCAUUCAAACGCAGCAACAACAAUAAUGAAAUAGAGCUUCAAAUCAACUCACCCAGAUCUCCCUUGGUUCCUGCUGAAGGGUCUGUUUUGAAAAGGAGUAAUCUUCACCAUCAUCACAAUCAUCACGUGGGCCACAAGGAGAAAAGGAACAAGUUUGGGCAUUGGGUGUUCUUUCUCUUCUGUGGGGUAUGUUUGUUUCUGGGUCUUCUCAAGCUUUGUGCAACUGCCUGGUGGUUCCGAUCUUCAGUACGCAGUACACGUGGAUCACUUCAGGAACUAUCUGACUCCAUUACUAGUCGAAAUCUAAUGGAUCAAAGCUCCCAUGGUUAUGCAUAUAGGGAGGGAGCAAGUGAGGCUGAACGAAUUCUGAAGAUGGUAACUACUGGAGUGGUUGACAGCCAGGUAGGCAUGGCUGAAGAAUCAGGAAUCUGGUCUAAUCCCAACUAUGAGAAUUUCACCCAAUGUAUAGAGCUGCCAAGAAAUCAUAACAAGCUAGAUGCAAAAACCAAUGGCUACAUUCUUGUAAAUGCUAAUGGUGGCCUGAAUCAAAUGAGAUUUGGGAUAUGUGAUAUGGUUGCUGUUGCUAAGAUUAUGAAGGCAACACUUGUUCUUCCUUCUCUUGAUCACACUUCUUACUGGGGUGAUGCAAGUGGUUUCAAGGAUUUGUUUGACUGGAAACAUUUUAUUGAGACACUGAAGGAUGAUAUCCACGUAGUUGAGACAUUACCACCUGCUUAUGCUGAAAUUGAACCUUUCUCAAAAACUCCAACAUCUUGGUCUAAGGUAAGUUAUUACAAGACUGAGGUUCUUUCCCUCCUAAAGCAGCACAAAGUGAUCUAUUUCACCCAUACUGAUUCUAGGCUUGCUAAUAAUGGAAUUCCAAGCUCCAUACAAAAACUAAGAUGUCGUGUAAAUUAUAGAGCAUUGAAAUAUUCAGCUCCAAUUGAAGAAUUUGGUAACAAAUUAAUAUCCAGAAUGCGACAGAAUGAAAAUCCUUAUCUUGCACUUCAUUUGAGGUAUGAGAAGGAUAUGCUUGCAUUUACAGGCUGCAGUCACAAUUUGACUGCAGAGGAAGAUGAAGAACUACGACAGAUGCGAUAUGAAGUUGGUCACUGGAAGGAGAAGGAGAUUAAUGGGACUGAGAGGAGAUUGAGUGGAGGUUGUCCAUUAACUCCUAGGGAAACUUCCCUAUUGCUUAGAGCACUGGGUUUUCCAUCAGAAACUAGGAUUUAUCUGGUAGCUGGUGAAUCAUAUGGUAGAGGAAGUAUGAAAUACCUUGAGGAUGAUUUCCCCAACAUUUUCUCUCAUUCCUCUCUGUCUUCCGAAGAAGAGUUGAAUCCUUAUAAGAAUCACCAGAACAUGUUAGCUGGUAUAGACUAUAUUGUUGCACUUCAGAGUGAUAUAUUUCUCUAUACUUAUGAUGGAAAUAUGGCAAAGGCUGUACAAGGUCAUAGGCGCUUUGAAAACUUCAAGAAGACCAUCAAUCCAGACAAGGUAAAUUUUGUUAAACUCCUUGAUAAGUUGGAUGAAGGAAAAAUUUCUUGGAAGAAGUUCAGCUCCAAGGUAAAAAGGCUUCACGAAGACCGAAAUGGUGCUCCAUAUCCUAGGGAGCGUGGAGAAUUUCCUAAGCUAGAGGAAAGUUUUUAUGCAAAUCCUCUGCCAGGAUGUAUAUGUGAAACAAGAUUAGAGACCUCACAGUAG